AUGAGCAAAAAAUUUGAAUGUGUACGAGUGGUAAUUCGAUGUCGUCCGUUAAAUGAUACUGAAAAGAAGGAUGGACAUGUUUGUAUAGUGAAUAUGGACACUAAAAAUGGAUAGGUGACAGUGAGAAAUCCAAAAGUAGCAGAUGAAGUGCCGAAACAAUUCACAUUUGAUUAAAUCUUUGAUACCUAAUCUCUAUAGGAGAAUGUGUAUAAUCAGACUGCUCAUCCCAUAGUUGAGAGCGUAUUGGAAGGAUAUAAUGGAACAAUAUUCGCCUAUGGUUAAACAGGUACGGGAAAGACUCACACAAUGGAAGGUAAGGAUGAUCCUCCUACUUUAAGGGGAAUAAUCCCUAGAACAUUUGAUCAUAUAUUUCAGAGAAUAGAGAACAUGGCUAAGAACAAAUAGUUUUUGGUGAAGGUUUCAUUUUUGGAACUCUACAAUGAGGAGAUUAGGGAUUUGCUCUCCAAAAAUAUAAAAAAUAAAUUGGAGAUACGUGAGAAUCCAGACACGGGAAUAUAUAUUAAGGAUCUAAGUAAAUUCAUGAUAGAGAAUCCUUAGGAAAUGAGAGAGAAAUUAUUACAUGGAAGAGAGAACAGAGCAGUCGGUGCUACAGCUAUGAAUCAGGACUCAUCUCGUUCACAUUCAUUGUUCUAGAUAACAGUAGAGACGAAUGAAAUUGUGUAAGGACAGAGUCAUGUGACUGUAGGCAAAUUGAAUCUAGUCGAUCUAGCAGGUAGUGAAAGGUAGAGUAAGACUCAUGCCACUGGAGAUAGAUUGAAGGAAGCCAUCAAUAUCAACUAGUCUUUAACAACCUUAGGUAAUGUGAUCAGUGCAUUGGUCGAUAAUAAAUCACAGCAUAUACCAUACAGAGACUCAAAGUUAACUAGAUUGUUGUAAGAUUCUUUGGGAGGUAAUACAAAGACAGUAAUGAUUGCUAAUAUUGGUCCAGCUGAUUAUAAUUUCGAUGAAACCCUAUCUACUUUGAGAUAUGCAAACAGAGCUAAGUAAAUUAAGAAUGAACCUAAGAUUAACGAGGAUCCAAAGGAUGCUUAGAUUAGAUAAUUUUAAGAGGAAAUUUUAAAGUAUAGACAUUACUAAUAAAUUUAAGAUUGAAAUAAUAAUUGGAGUUAUCAAUUGAAGGUGGGGGAAGUGUGAUGAG